GAGCAGCCGCCAUACUGAGGACAACUCAAACUUAUCGGGCACCAAAUGCUCCUCCUGCUUUCGCCGCAACCGCCCUCCUUUCUGUUCCCAUCAGUUGUUGCGCUGUUGGCAAGGCUCCAGCCCAACCUGCUCUUGGAAGAGGUGAGGAAGAACUGAAAAGCGAAUAAAUAAAGUACUUGGAGCGAAGCGGGAGAGCAGGAAUUCAUUGAAUCCUACCAAGUGUCUUCUGACCUACAUGGCUGGAUUGGUGUCAUAACCCAGUUACUCAUGUGGGAAGCUGUCUUGAUCACAACUAGGGAAAAGAUAUAUGCUGCUUUUCUAUCAUCAAGCAUUGAAGAUUUCUGGGCUUUAUUGUUGGACUUCGCUUACAUAGAGAAAAUAGAUAGUUAAAAGAGAUGAUUCCUGAGGAAUAAAACUGAAAAUUCCAAAUGGUGGCAGUUUCCUAUCCUGACCCAACUUAUCAGGAGCAUGUGUUUAAGAAGCAGAAGAGUUGUUGAGACUGAUUCUGGAAGUUAUUUCUGUUCCCUGUUGUGGCAAAUAUAUAUUUAUUGGGGGAAGUGAUCUGUCACAUAACAGACAUUUGGAAUAGCACUUCCAAGGAAUCUGAAACACUUCCAUUUGAUUUGAGGAUGUUUAUAUUUUUACAAAAUCCAUGUUGCUGAACAGAAAAGGCAUUGCUUCUGCCAAACUUGCACAGCAGUAGUAAAUCCAGCUACUUCCAUAGAACAAGGAUACUUGACAUGGCUCUCUCUCUAUGUGGAGCUGUGAGUUUAUUUCUUGGAAUGGCAACAGCAUUUGGUCCAGUGCCUCGGAUCACUUGGGAACACAAAGAUGUUCAUCUAGUGCAUUUUCAAGAACCAGAAACAUUUAAUUAUUCAACUUUGUUACUAAAUGAAGACAAAGAUGUGUUGUAUGUUGGAGCUAGAGAAGUGAUCUUUGCACUAAAUGCAUUAAACAUUACAGAAAAAAAACAUGAGGUGUUCUGGAAGGUCACAGAAGAGAAGAAAACUAGAUGUACAGAAAAGGGCAAAUCCAGACAGACAGAGUGCCUUAACUAUGUUCGUGUCUUACAACAGCUGAAUGACACAUUGCUUUACGUGUGUGGAACUAAUGCAUUUCAGCCAGUCUGUGAUCAUUUGAAUCUGCCAUCAUUUAAACUAGUGGGCAAAAAUGAUGAUGGUAAAGGAAGAUGCCCAUUUGAUCCUGCACAAAGUUAUACAUCAGUUAUGGUUGAUGGGGAUCUUUACUCUGGAACAUCUUACAACUUCCUGGGAAGUGAACCGAUUAUUUCUAGGAAUUCACUGCAAAAUCCAUUACGGACAGAAUAUGCUAUUCCUUGGCUUAAUGAACCAAAUUUCAUUUUUGCUGAUGUGAUAAGAGCUGAUCCAGACAGCGCCGAUGAGGAUGAUGACAAAGUGUAUUUCUUUUUCACUGAAGUGUCAGUGGAAUAUGAAUUUCUCGGAAAGCUGAUGAUUCCAAGGAUAGCUAGAGUUUGUAAGGGGGACCAAGGUGGACACAGGACUUUACAAAAAAAAUGGACUUCCUAUCUCAAGGCCAGGUUGAUUUGCUCCGUACCAGAUAAAAAUUUAUUUUUCAACAUCGUCAAUGAUGUCUUUAUCCUGAAGUCUCCGACCUCAAAGGAGCCAGUGAUUUAUGGAGUUUUCACCCCACAAUUGAAUAAUGUGGGGCUGUCAGCAGUGUGCGCCUACAACAUUUCUACAGUAGAGGAUGUUUUUGGCAAAGGGAAAUACAUGCAAAGCACCACAGUUGAGCAGUCCCACACAAAAUGGUUGCGAUACAAUGGAGAGAUUCCUAAACCUCGGCCUGGAGCGUGUAUAAACAAGGAGGCUAAAGCAGAAAAUUUCAGGACUACACUCAACUUACCCGACAAAACACUACAGUUUGUGAAAGACCAUCCUCUAAUGGAUGACUCUGUGACCCCCAUUGGAGACAGACCCAGGCUGGUAAAGCGUGAUGUGAAGUACACUCAGAUCGUGGUAGACCAGGUCCAAGCACUGAAUGGCACUUUGUAUGAUGUCAUGUUCAUCAGUACAGAUCAAGGCGCCCUUCACAAAGCAAUCAGUUAUGAAAAUGGAAUGCAUAUUAUUGAAGAAACUCAGCUCUUCCCGAAUUUUGAACCUAUUCAGACACUGUUGCUUUCUUCAAAAAAGGGCAAGCAGUACCUUUAUGCAGGGUCCAAUACUGGAGUGGUUCAGUCUUCCGUUGCAUUUUGUGACAAGUACAGCACCUGUGUAGACUGUGUCCUGGCAAGAGAUCCAUACUGUGCUUGGAAUCCUCAUCAGUCAUCCUGUGUCAAUUUGCAGGAGACUGAGAAUGAAAGAGACUGGAUUCAGAAUAUAGGAGGAGAUGCUUCACUUUGUACUGAUAAAGUAAGAGAACAUUCCCUGCAGCACAUUUUCAAGCAUGGGAGCACAGCAGAGCUGAAAUGUUCUCAGAAGUCCAACCUGGCGCAAGUGGUUUGGAAAUUCAAGGAUGAUGUGCUCAAGGUGGAAAGCCCCAAGUACCGUCUUCUGGAGAAAGCGCUACUCAUCUUCAAUUUGUCUGAAGGGGACAGUGGUGUUUAUCAAUGCCUGUCAGAAGAAAAAGUGAAGAAUCAGAAGUUCUCACAGGUGUUAGCUAAACAUGUUUUGGAACUGAAAAAGAUCCCACACACCACUCUGAGCCCAACCCAGCCAGCCACACAGACAGAAGGUAAUGGAGAGUUGCCCAAAGCAUCAAGAGUAGCUUCCCAGGGGUCAGCUGCUGACAUUUCAACCACUCCAGUUGUAUCUGUCAUAACAUCCAGAGUAAUAACAAACCCCGUUGUCCCCAUACUAAUGAGCACUGUCUCUGACAUUGAACACUCAAAGUCGCUUCUCGAGGUCCCUGAAAAGACCAUGUUUCUAAAGUCAAAUGAUAAUUGUCUUUUGAUGUUUCUGUUUCUGUUCUUUUUUGUGCUCUUUCUGUGUCUGCUUGGCUACAACUGUUACAAAGGAUAUUUGCCAGACCAGUGUCUAAAGUUCCGCUCUGCUAUGUUGCUUGGGAAGAAGAAGCCCAAGGCAGAUUUUUCUGAUUGUGAGCAAAGUGUGAAAGAGACACUAGUGGAGCCAGGCAGUCUCCUGAGCCAAAGUGGAGACCAUCCAAAGCCGGCACAUGACACAGGAUAUGAGACUGAAGCGGACUAUGGAAACGGCCACGUUCAACAUGAGGAGGAUCAUGCACAGUCUCACAAAGAAGUCAAGGACAAACCUUUUGAUGUAAAAUGUGAACUGAAAUUUGCUGACUCAGAUGCUGAGGGUGAUUAAAGGGGAAAGCCCCCAACUUCCAUAACGAAAUUACUGUCAUUCUGAGUUGUUUCUUUUUGGGCACACACAUUUUAGUUGUGAUAACUGGGCCAGAAAGGGCUAUGUGUUCUCAAUUUUACCAGUGACACAUUGUCAUUUCACUCCUGAGUAGAGCAGAGAACAAUCUUGCAUUUCUUUCAGAAAACCAUUCUGUUACGUGUUUAGUUUGUGUGCGUUUGUUUUAUUUUUGAAUGGCCAGUUGAGGUAUCACAUUGUGAAUUUCUAAGCUCUUUUUUCCCAAGGAUGAUUUAACACUUGCACAUACUGACUACUUUAAUUAAUUCCUCUUUUCUGUAGAAGGUAAAAUUAAUUCCUGUUGCAGAGCCAUGCCAAAAAAUGGAUUGAAGUAGCUCCAGCCUGCACCUAUUUAACUGCCAUUAAAUUUCUAAUUUCAGUUUAAUUCCAAAUUGGAAAUGAUGUUUAGUUUAUCAGAUUGGUAAAUUAUAGUCUUUUUGUCCAGAUUGGGACAUUUCUUUGCAUCUAGUAAUUUUUAAUGCUUAGUGUAAUGCAUUAGUUGUAUCAUGCCUGGUAGUUUUAGCUGGUGAAAGAAAUGUUGGAUUUUUCCAAAACCAUUUGUGUACCUUUAUAGAAUACGAUGUUUCUUGGGACAAAUCUAGUUAGAUUUGCAUAAGGUUCUCAGGGAUAAGCUUUGGUUUAAUGCAUUUAUUUUCCUUUUCGUUUUUAGAGGCAUCAAUAUGGUAAUCCUUUUGAGUGCUUAAAUGUUCAUUUUUGGGGUUGUGGGGCAUAUAGAUUUAGAGAAGAGAUAUUUUUAAAAAGAAGUUGGACACUGCCACAUUAACUGGAUUUUAUGGGUUCAUUUUAAGAUGUUUUAAGCAGAUUAUUGUGGGCAAACAGUAGUCAAUGAAUCACAUCAGUGUUUCAGGCUUGUGUCUUGUGGAUUCACUGGAGAACUUGGCAAGCAUUUGAUGGACCUCCCAAAAGAGACUGUUGAGGAUGUGUUCAUAUUUCAGCUUUCUACACCACUGGAAAGAAAUCAGAUCCUGUCCCCCACCUCACCCCCCCCCCCCCCCCCCCCCCCACAACUUUGCCAAAUAUUUUCACAUGAUUCACAACAUCAAGCAACUUUUAAAAAAAAAGCCUGGAAAAAGGAAACAGAUGAAUAGGAAUCACCCAAAAGUUCCAUCACCUUCUUCUCUUGGGACUAAGAUAUAUAAAGUGUGGUUCACAGUGGCACUCUUUGUCUGUAAAGUUCCUUUGUGCUGUACAGUUUUUAAUCCUAGUAGCUCGCUGUCUUUGUGUCUCUCCCAUGCUCUGUGUAAGUAAUAAAGAAGUUAGAAAUAGAGAACAUUCUCAUUGUUGAGUAGGGGAGUUCUCCCAAGACUCCUUUUAUUUCAUUACUGGUGAAAUCUUCUCCAUUCCACCUUAGAUGGUCUUAGCAUAAACAGUUCUAUAUUUUGUAUGAUUCAGUUGCUUUUAUUUUUCUAUUUUUAAUUAUGUAUAUAUGGAAAAUGUUUAAAUAAAUAUUGAAAUUAAUUGUA